AUGUUGCUGACGCUGUCAGCGUCGUCCAUUCCGUCGGAUUCCCUCGCUUCUCGCUCCGCUUCGCGACGCCCCUACUCGCUGCCGUUUCGCGCCCUUUCGCGCGCCGCAGCCCCAGGCAAGGAGGGGCCUUUCGCGGCAUUCGCCCCCCGCACGUGCGCUAUGACCGCCGCUGCGCCCAUCGCAGACGAUCUGCGCGCGCUGGACGGUGGCGCCCGCCUGGCGCCGCAAGACGCGGGGAAGAACUCCGCGAACUUGGCGGAGCGCAGGGAUGAAGGCGCGCAACAAUCUCGCGGGGAAUGCUCGCACGCGGAGAAGCGGAAGCUGAGCGCCAGCGCCGAUGCCGAAUGCCGCAUUGGCGGCGAUGCGGCGGCGGCGCCGUCCGACGGAACGGAGAGCAAAGCCGACUCGACGAGAUCCGCGGAACCUGCCGCGAAGAGACCCCGCGGGAGCGCCGAUCACUGCGACAAACCGCCAGUGGCGCAGCUUGCGGAGACGAAAAGCCACGGUGGCGGCAUCUCGCCGCCCCAUGCUCUCUCUUCUCCGCCUGCCGCCGCGCCUCACCCUGCGCAUGCGGCUGCUGCUGCGCACCAAUCACCUGAACUCGCGCCCCGUCUCCCCUGGGCGGCGCCGCCCGUUGAAUCGGCGGACGACGCCGCCGCCCACCCCGCUGCGGACGCCGCCGCCAAGUCGGGGGAGAGCGGAGGCGCGGGUUUAGAGGAAGAGGACGAGGCGGAGGGGGAAGAGGGCGAGGCGGAAGGCGAGGAGGCGGUUGGCGGAGUGACCGCCGCGGAUGGCGGCGCGUGCGGCAAGAAGAAGCGGUACCGUUACAAGCGGCUGUCUAAAGCGGGUUACAUUCCGGACGACGGGCAGCACUGGCACAAAUACGGGCAGAAAAACCUCGUCGACGCGGGGUACUGCCGCGCGUACUACCGGUGCGCGCGGCGGAGCGCGGGGUGCGCGGCGAAGAAAACGAUCGACUUCCCCAUUCGGUGGGGGCUGGACAUGCGCGUGACGUACAGCGGCCAGCACACGCACGGCCUGCCGCCCCGCCUGCAGCGCGAGGUCUUCACAUACGCCACCACGCCCGCCCAGCUGCCGCCCAACAUCUCCGUGCCGCCCAACGUGCUCGCUGCCGCGGCCGCCAAUGCUGCUACAGCCGGUCCUGCUACAGCCGGCGCUGCUAGUACGGCCGGCGGUGCUACAGCCGGCGCUGCGACCUCCUCCGCCGCGUCUGCGGAAUCCAAUCCCGCCAGCGCCAGCCCGUCCCCCAACUCCCCUCCGCUCACUGCUUCCUCCGCCCCACCCGCUCCUGCUCCUGCUGCUCCUGUUGCUUCUGCUCCUGCUGCUUCUACUCACCCUGCUGCCUCUGCCCCUCCUGCUCUCAGCUCACCUGCCACAAGAGCCGCAGCAACGACAGCAACAGCAGCAAUGGCAACCACAGCAGCAGCAACAGCAGCAGCAGCCGCAGCAGCAGCAGAAGCAGUUCACGGAAUCACCUGCUCAGCCCUCCCCAUCCCACCCUCCAGGGAACUUCAUGCUGCCGCCACCCGCCUUUGCACCCAGCAGCCGUGCAAGCAACCCGGAGCCUUCUAA